AUGGUGUUUUUACGGCUCACGUCUACGCUAAUAAGAAUAGGUAGCUUUUAUUGCCGUCAGCCGGUUCGAGCAUUCUCAAGCCACUAUGACUAUCCACCAGACGUGCCAGCCCCUCACCGCACAUCAAACCCUGUGAUCCAGUUAAGUAUUCGCCUUUCUAAAGCGUCCAGUAUUUUCGAAAUCUACAGCAUCCUAGAAUCUCCAAAAGCAAUCUUAUCCCACACAACUUUCGCCCUCCGCAUAAUAGGCCGCAUUAUUAAGCACGCUCCAUCAAAAAAGUACUAUCUCCUAGACAAGAGAUUUUUCGAUUUAUUAGCUAAAUUGGAAGAAGGGAUCGAUCAAUUGGGAAACCAAGAAAUCAAUGAUAUCUCAUUUUUUUGGAGAACUUACCUAUUGGUAUGCAAAAGGGAUCUUUUAACUGUGGAAGGAGAGAAAAAAUACAUAAAAAGAAUGCAUGAACUGAUUGACGAAAACGCAUUUAUGUUCAGACACUUGGUUAGCAUCAUAUAUGACUUAUCUGUUAUUGGAAUCACAAGUAAAAAGCUGGAUGAGGCAAUAAUUAAUGGUCUUAUGAACAAAAACGAAAUCAUGAACGCAGCAGACCUCAAGCAGAUCCUGAUAAGCUGCAUUAAGAAUAAAAGAGAGUCAUCAAAAAGCAUGAUUUCUUUGUGCUUAGAAAGGCUAGAUAGCGUUGAGGAAGAAAGAAUGGACACCAUGCAUUCAAUCAUUUUAUUGCAAGAACUCCAACAAAUUGGUUCGCCGGAUGAAUAUCCUCAACUAAAAGACAUAUUUUCUAAGAUCUGCAACAUCAUAGAGAAGAGAAUAUCAGCACUGACUGAGUUCGAAGUUCUCAACUCAAUUGAAUUUCUCGCUCCAAGGGUUCCUUUCAAAAUGCCGCUCUUUAUAUCUCUUUUGGAGAAAAUCAAGGUAAAUCUGGAAAAAGACCCCGGAGGCUUUUCGAAGUGGUUUAUAAUUGGAGCGCUUCGGGUCGCUCUAAACACAGACAAAAGUAUUUGCCCGACUGGGCUGGAAGAUCUUGCUAUACAGGAUAUUGUAGGGAAAAUUAGGAAUAAUGUAUUUCCUUUUACAGAUAUAGAAGAAAUAAUCACUGUUUAUGAGAAGUCAAAUCUAUGCAUGCCGUAUGAGUUAGGCUUGGCAAUCAAAAAUAUAAACGCGUCUGGAAAAAUUGAUCCUAAAUGAUUAUUUGGAGAAAUUACGAAAAGGUUCGGAAAUGUGAAGGUUCUGGAUAAGAACAAACAGGAGGUACUUUUAACAGAUUUCAUAAAUGCUCAAAAUAAUAAUUAA